UUCACCGUCUGUUCCUCUGACUGUCUCUGUUUUCAUAUUUCUGCCGGCGAGUGUCAAUCUUUGUCCUUUUUUGUGGAUUCUUUUCUAUAUAUAUAUAUAUAUAUAUUUUUUUUUACAUUACUUUGGCGCGCUAACCGGCGCAACUCCUCUCUAAAGUUUCGUGGGAUGCAAAGGCAGAGUGAGUGUUGCUGUAGUUACUGUGUGAGCUGACUCCGAGAGCCCGCAUUAAAGCUGCCGAGCGGCGGACGUUCCAACUUUUUAUAUCAUGGUAAGCCCGGAUUACCUUCUCCAACAGACUGAGACAUUAACCGCCUUCCCUCUGGCAUCAGUCCGCUAAAAAUAACCACAGCAGCAGCAUAUCUGAAGAUGCGCCGCGAUGUGAUGGCCUCUCCCUGAAGUUUAAAUAAAGAGCCCUUAUAAAAUGCAGAAGAGCGUGCGGUACAACGAGGGCCACGCGCUCUAUCUGUCGGUGGUGGCGCGAAAAGAGGGCUCGAAGCGGGGCUACCUGAGCAAGAAGACCACGGAGAACAGCCGCUGGACCGAGAAGUACUUCGCCCUGUACCAGAACGUGCUCUUCUACUUUGAGAACGACCAGAGCGCGAGGCCCUCCGGAAUUUACCUGCUGGAAGGAUGCACGUGCGAGCGGGCACCUGCGCCCAAGGUGUCCGCCAUCAGCAAGGAGCCCAUGGAGAAACAGCAGCACUACUUCCUGGUCAUUUUUGGUCAUGAAGGUCAGAAACCUCUGGAGCUGCGGUCAGAGGAUGAGUCGGACUGCAACGAGUGGGUGGAGUGCAUCCAGCAGGCCAGCUACUCUGACAUUAUGAUCGAGCGCGAGAUCCUGAUGCAGAAGUACAUCCACCUGGUCCAGAUCCUGGAGACGGAGAAGAUCGCAGCCAAUCAGCUGCGGACUCAGCUGGAGGACCAGGACACGGAGAUCGAGCGGCUCAAAGCCGAGAUUGUGGUGUUGAACAAAGCCAAGGAGAGGAUGCUGCCAUUUCAGAGCAACCAAGAAGAGGAGGACCCAGACAUCAAAAAGAUUAAAAUGGUGCAAAGUUUCAUGCGUGGCUGGUUGUGCCGGAGGAAGUGGAAGAUCAUCGUCCAGGACUACAUCUGCUCGCCUCACGCAGAGAGCAUGAGGAAGAGGAACCAGAUCGUGUUCAACAUGGUGGAAGCAGAGACGGAGUACGUCCACCAGCUCUCCAUUCUGGUCAACUGCUUCCUCAGGCCGCUGCGCAUGGCCGCCAGCUCCAAGAAGCCUCCCAUAAGCCACGACGACGUCAGCAGCAUCUUCCUCAACAGUGAGACCAUCAUGUUUCUGCACGAGAUCUUCCACCAGGGCCUGAAGGCUCGCAUCGCCAACUGGCCAACGUUGGUUCUGGCUGACCUGUUCGACAUCCUGCUGCCCAUGCUCAACAUUUACCAGGAGUUUGUGCGGAACCACCAGUACAGCCUGCAGGUGCUGGCCAACUGCAAGCAGAACCGAGACUUUGACAAGCUGCUCAAACAGUACGAAUCCAACGCCGGCUGUGAGGGCCGCAUGCUGGAGACCUUCCUCACUUACCCCAUGUUCCAGAUUCCUCGGUACAUCAUCACCCUCCAUGAGCUGCUGGCUCACACGCCCCAUGAGCAUGUGGAGCGCAAGAGCCUGGAGUUCGCCAAAUCCAAACUGGAAGAGUUGUCAAAAAUGAUGCACGACGAGGUGAGCGACACGGAGAACAUCAGGAAGAAUCUGGCCAUUGAAAGGAUGAUCGUUGAAGGCUGCGACAUUUUGUUAGACACGAGCCAGACCUUCGUCAGACAAGGUUCUCUCAUCCAGCUGCCAUCCAGCAGCGAACGGGGCAUGCUCAGUAAGGUGCGCCUGGGUUCGCUCUCCCUGAGGAAGGAAGGAGAGAGGCAGUGCUUCCUGUUCACCAAGCACUUCCUCAUCUGUACACGGACCUCCGGAGGGAAGCUGCACCUGCUGAAGCAGGGAGGAACACUGUCUCUGAUUGAAUGCACUCUGAUUGAGGAACUAGACGCCAGUGAUGAAGACUACAAUGCUGCAGGUCAAGGCUUCAGUCACCUGGAGUUUAAAAUUGUGGUGGAGCCCCCCGAUGGUCAGAGCUUCUCCGUUGUUCUCCUAGCUCCUUCCCGCCAGGAGAAGGCUGCCUGGACCAGCGACAUCAGCCAGUGCAUCGAUAACAUCCGCUGUAACGGCCUGAUGACCAGCGUGUUUGAGGAGAACUCUAAAGUGUCUGUGCCCCACAUGAUCAAGUCCGACGCCAGACUGCAUAAAGACGACGUGGACAUUUGCUUCAGCAAGACGCUCAACUCCUGCAAAGUCCCUCAGAUCAGAUACGCCAGCGUGGAGCGGCUGCUGGAGCGCCUCACCGACCUGCGCUUCCUCUCCAUCGACUUCCUCAAUACCUUCCUCCACACGUACCGCAUCUUCACCACAGCCGCCGUGGUCAUCGACAAACUGGCCGACAUCUACAAGAAACCCUUCACCUCCAUUCCUGUGAGGAUCGAGCAGCACUCAUACGACCGUCUGUCCAUCAUGUCCCUCUGUCCCGACUACAGUCUCAAGAUCACACAGCUGGCUUUGGACCAGUCCAAGUCUCUGGAGCUUUUCUUCGCCACCAACCAGGGCGCCUGGGGAUCCGACCCGCUGAACAACAAAUCCCCCAGACUCUGCCGCAAGUUCUCCUCCCCGCCUCCCCUCUCCAUCCCGUCCCGCACCUCCUCCCCGGUGCACUGCCGCAAGCUGUCCCUGAGCUCGCCGGUGGGCGUGAAGGUCGGGGUGUUGGACCUGUCCACCACCCCGCCGCUGUCCGCGGCCAACUCCCCCACCUCCAGCCACAGUCCCUCCAUCUCCUCUCCUCCACCGGGUUCCUACCGGCUGCCGUUCGGCUUCUCGUCGCCCCCGCCCACCGCCACGCGCUCCCCCAGCCUCCCGCAGGCCUCCGGGGUGUCCUCGCCGCCUCCCGCCGCCACCAGGGCCCCGCUGGACCUCAGCCGGGGCCCCAGCUCCCCGGAGCUGAGUCAAUCCGCGGGGGACGACGUCAGCGGAGAGCUGCCGCGCCUCGACGCUUUCUGUGGGAAGCUGAGGCGCAGCAUCCGCAGAGCUGUUCUGGAGUCAGUAUCCCUGGACAAGUUCAUCCCUGAGUCCCCGUCCAGCAGCGAGCCGGGGGACCUGUCCCCCUGCCGCUCCCCGUCCACACCCAGACACCUCCGCUACAGACAGUCUGGAGUGGCAGCCGGGGAGAACUCUCGCUGCACCAUGUCGCCGGCGUCGGCGUUCGCCAUCGCCACGGCGGCCGCAGGGCACAGCAGCUCGCAGGGUUUUAGUAACUCUGAGAAAACAUGUGAUAAGGAAUUCAUCAUCCGCAGAGCUGCUACCAACAGAGUCCUCAAUGUGCUGCGGCACUGGGUCUCUAAACACUCCCAGGACUUUGACCUGAGCGGUGAGUUGAAGUCAGGAGUGAUCAGUCUGCUGGAGGAGGUGCUGCGAGACCCAGAUCUUCUGCCCCAGGAGAGAAAAGCAGCAACCAACAUUUUAAGUGCCAUUUCUCAGGAUGAACCAGACGACACUCAGCUGAGGAUAGAAGACAUACUACAGAUGAAAAGCUGUCCUCUUCUGCAUUUCAUUGCGGCGGAGAGUCCUAAACCCGAGUGUUUCGAGUCCCUCUCGGCCAUGGAGAUGGCGGAGCAGAUCACGCUGCUGGAUCACAUCGUUUUCAGGAGCAUUCCCUAUGAGGAGUUUUUGGGUCAGGGCUGGAUGAAGGUGGACAAGACUGAAAGAACUCCAUACAUCAUGAAGACCAGCCAGCACUUUAAUGAUAUGAGCAACCUGGUGGCGUCUCAGAUAAUGGCCCACAGCGACGUGGGCUCUCGGGCCAGCUCCAUAGAGAAGUGGCUGGCCGUGGCCGACAUCUGUCGCUGCCUCAACAACUACAACGGCGUGCUGGAGAUCACCUCUGCUCUCAACCGCAGCGCCAUCUACAGGCUGAAGAAAACCUGGGCUAAAGUUUGCAAACAGACCAAGGCACUGAUGGACCGGCUUCAGAAGAUCGUAUCGUCAGAGGGGAGGUUCAAAAAUCUCAGAGAGACGCUGAAAAACUGCAACCCUCCGUGUGUGCCGUACCUGGGGAUGUACCUGACUGACCUGGCCUUCAUCGAGGAGGGAACGCCCAACUUCACUGAGGAGGGGCUGGUCAACUUCUCCAAGAUGAGAAUGAUCUCUCAUAUCAUCCGGGAAAUUCGUCAGUUCCAGCAGGCUCCUUACAGAAUAGAGCACCAAUCCAAGGUAACUCAGUUCCUGCUGGAUAAGACCAAAGUAAUGGAUGAAGAUACUCUGUAUGAGCUCUCUCUGAAGAUCGAACCUCGAGUCCCUCCAGGUUAAUUUUACGCCAGAAACCUGCACAGAUUCACAUCCCUCAGCUCCCAGCACCACCUUUUAAAUGAAGCUGGUGCUUUUAUAUCACACACAGGUGGUCAGCAGGUGUAGUUGGGGAAACUCAGGAGAAAAUGUGUGCCUUGUUUUAUGGAGAUCUGAGGUAUUUACCUAGUUAUUGUACUGUAUCGCAGAAACAACUCCUUGCCAUAUUCUCAAACCUUUAUGAGUGUAGAAACACCAUCAGCACUGGAAUGUUGCUGCUGUCACUCUGUGAUUCGGCUUUGUUGUCUUUAGCACAAAGUUCAGCUAUUUGUUUCUGUUAUAUCAGACAACCAUUUUUGCAUUAAUUAAUUGCAUUGUUUCUCUGCGUGAUUCGAAUAUUCAGGAAUUUAAAGGGGCAGUAUGUAUUUUUUUAACCACAAAUCCUUUUAUAGCACAAUCAAGUAACUACGUUACCUUCAGUUCAUAUAAAAAUGCUGUAUAUUGCAUAUAUAACUUUUUAAAAAAUGUAAUUCAAUAUAUAAAGGGUCUCUGUCUCUUUAAAAACUCCUGCUCUUUCUGAGACUCCGCCUUCAGGAACGACAUGGCUCCUCUAGUAACCCUUUAGCAAUGUUUUUAGCAACUUCGGACUGAGAAGUAGCUCCUACAAUGAACUCAGCUGAUUAGCAGUUCCGCCAGGGGGUUGCUAAUUGCUGCUGGCUAGUCUGAAGGAGCUGAGUGGGGGUGGGGAGGCUGCUCUGUGAGGGGGAAGCUUAGAAGCUUGAAAACUGGAGCUCAGAGGAGGAGCUUCAUCUUUGAAGGCGGGGCUUUGAAGGUCCACCCAGGCAUUUUUCACAGCUGAAUGGUUGCCAUGGAGAUUAAAUGAUCUCUCAAAUAUGCAUCAGAGAAUCAAAGCAACACUCCAGGAGUGUUUUAUGACAAAAUAACAUAAUAUAAUGGAAAGCUUAGAAGCGUUUUAGGAGAGUAUUCUGUGAUGGUCUCACCCAAAAAUAAUGAAUUUCCUUAAUGAAUGUUUCAAUAACCUUAUAAUAAUGUGAGCUGGAAUGAGCUUAAUCUUGUCUAGGACUUUAAAUAGGACAGUGUGUCAGACCAUGAACCUUGUGAGAUCUGACUCCUGGCGUUGAGUUCAUGGUCACAUGAAACAUCAGCUGUAAUUUCAUUUUUAAUCUUGUAAAUUUACUCUAUCUGAUCAAACUGAACGGUUAUGAGCUUCUGUUUUUGUUGUUGUUGGAUUUUUUUUUUUUUUUUUUUUUGCACUUUCCUGGUUUUUUGAAGCGGCUUUUAGCAAAUUUAGCAAAUUACUCUUUUAUCCAGCUUGACAAACAACACGUCUCCUUUUAGUUUAGAAAUGCUAAGAAUUUUGUACACAUUUUUUUCUGAUCAGUAUUUUUUAAGAAUAAUCUCCUGACAACCACCUAAAGAAAAACAUCACUGUUAUCACAUGCAUCUUUGAUAUCACUGUAAAUAAUAAUUCCUGUUAAUGUUAUUGUAUCUUUAAAACUUAACUUGUAAGAGUUCCUCUGUAGUGACAUCUUUGCACUAUUAAUUUAAAGAAGAAUGUUGCAAGGUUCUAGCAUUAUUAGUAGCAUAAAUAUAGCAUAUGUUACUCUCAGUUUAUUUUUGUAGAUGCAACUGACUUGUUUUUUGGGGGGUUUUUUUAGAUUCAUUUUUGCCUCUUUCCUUUCUGAAAUCUUCUGUAAUUUGUUUGCAUUAGCGUCAGCUUGUUUUCAUUGCAUACUUUUAUUCAACUUGUAUUGUUUUUUUAUUGUUAUUUAUUUGUGUAUUGUACAGACAUUUACACUCUAAAGGCUUGAAAAUAAAACUUUCAGGCAAAAGAAUGUCGUUGCAGACCUUUGAUGAAGAAGAAGAAGAAGAAGAAGAAAAAUAAAAGCGUCACAUUCUGUGAAAACCUAAAGACGGCUAAAAAUGAAAAUUGGGCCUUUGAGUUUUAUAUAAAGCAAAAAGCAAAACAUGCUUUCCUUACAAAAAUAAAUCCAAAUAUCUUUGGGGGGGCCUCCCAAAACCCGUUGCCCUGGGCGACAUCCCCUGUAAGCUCUGUCUAAAGUCUGACACUUUAGACAGAGCUAUUAUAAAUUAUUAUUUAUAAUAAUUAAUAGAAUAAUUAAAGAA